AUGACACCACCAACACCAUUACCACCAGCCAACAUGUCUUCAUCUCCCACAGAACCCAUCAUCCACCACAACUUCGACCCCCAAACCUCAACAUUCACCUACCUCGUCGCCUGCCCUUCCACCCUCCACGCCAUCGUAAUCGACUCCGUCCUCGACUUCGACCCCUCAACCUCUCGCAUCUCCACCACAACCGCCGACUCCCUCCUCUCCCUCAUCCGCUCCAAGAACUACACCAUCGUCAAAAUCCUCGAGACCCACGUGCACGCCGACCACCUUACUGCUUCCCGAUAUCUGCAAACUCAACUCACCACUUCUACCUCUAGCAACGACGGGGAGGAGGUAAAUGGCGGAAUAAAGCCCGAGAUUUGCAUCGGCAAAAGAAUCGUUGAAGUUCAACAAGUGUUUGCGGACAAAUAUGGCAUCCCGAGGGAGGAAUGGGAGGGAGCGUUUGAUAAAGUUUUUGAAGACGAGGAGGAGUUUAGUGUUGGAAACCUAAAAGGGACGGUGAAACAUUUACCGGGACAUACGCCUGAUCAUGUUGGGUAUUUGGUUGGUUCAAACAUCUUCUGCGGCGAUUCCCUCUUUGAUCCCGAAGUUGGGUCCGCACGAUGUGACUUUCCAGGCGGUGAUGCGCACGCAUUAUACAACUCAGUCCAAACCCUCUUCUCUCUCCCCGCCCACUAUAAGGUCUACACAGGCCACGACUACCCCUCGGCCGACUCCCGCUCUCCCCAGCCCUACACCACAGUCGCCGACCAGAAGCGGCUGAACAAGCACCUGAAGGACGGCACGACAAAGGAGCAGUUCGUCAACUGGAGACAGGAGCGCGACUCCGGACUGGCGGAGCCGAAACUCUUGCACCAGGCGUUGCAGGUUAACGUGCGGGCGGGGCGGAUGCCGAGGGAUGGGAUGCUGAAGGUGCCUUUGAAGAUGCCGGGAGAGUGGAAACUGUGA